GUACUAGGGGCGCAUGCGUGAUCACAUGACUUUGAUGACUACCGUAGACAAUAUGGAGGAUGAUGUGUUAUGAAUGAUGAGCAAAAUAAUAGACGUCGCAUGUUGGUCACUGAUAAAAAUAGCCACGUUUUAAUUAAAACUGUGCUCUGCACAGUACUGAUUUAGUCAAAUCUAUCGUUUUCAAUUAUGUCUGGUAAGAUGGCGUCGGAGACAAUAUAUGGGACUCAUGAAGAGACCCAUGUAAUGUCUGAGAAAGUUCAGUCAUUGGCAGCCACUGUCUACAAGGAGUUCGAGAAAGUCAUCAAACGUUACGACGAGGAUGUCGUGAAAGACCUAAUGCCACUUGUUGUUGGGAUAUUGGAAACACUGGACUCUGCUUUCACUGAGAAACAGGAACUUGAUGUAGAAAUAGAAUUGUUAAGGGAAGACAAUGAACAACUCCUUACACAAUAUGAAAGGGAAAAACAGCUGAGGAAAGGGUCAGAACAGAAAUACCUAGAGAUGGAAGACUCAAACGAGGGUGUGAAGAAAGAGCUGCAGGACAAAGUGGAGACACUUGAGUCCAUCCUUCGCAUGUCUGAGAUCAAAGCAAAAAAUUCUGCAGACCAUGUGAGUCGACUUGAAGAGAAAGAGAAUGAAUCGAAAAAUGAAUACAACAAACUCCAUGAAAGAUACACUGAGCUGUUUCGAACCCACAUGGAUUAUAUGGAGAGGACAAAGAUCCUGAUGGGGACGGACAAGAUAUCAGACCUCACUGGACUCAGUCCUAGAAUAAACAAAGGCGGUUUCAGUCUCCCGGGGCUGCGUCCGGUGAGUGUGGCCUACGGGGGCAUGAUGGAGUUCCAGAAGGGCAUGGAGGGCAGCCCGAUGGGAUUUGUGGACGCCAGCACACCGCAGAGCACCGGCAACGUUAGCCUCAAGAGCGAGCUGGACGCGGAGUCGCCCAAGAAGGAGUCGACACCGGCUCCGGCCGAGGCCCCGGUCACAGAGGUCAAGGAGGAGCUCAGCCAGAGCACCGAUGUCACGGAGAAAGCCACAGCCACAACACCCAUGCGUAUCUCAGAGGGCCCCUCAGAGCCGACGAUGCCCCCCUCCCCAGCUCCCUCACCCGCAAGUCCCAGUGUAGGGCCAGACUCUAGACUGUCUGCAAGUUCUAGUGAGCAAAGUGAAUCUGUGAUAGACAAAGACUCAAGUGAUAGGCACACAAACAGGGCGCCGGGCUCCGAGCCUGGCCACACGCAAGGGGAGAGCACUCCCGUGGUACUCAGGAGGAAGAAGAAACGUUCAGAGGAGGCGGAUGAAAGUAGAUUUGAAGACCAAUUAAGUUUUGAAGAGGACCAUAUACCUGGGCUGAACCAAACUCUGGCGGACAUUGUAGCAACGACGCCUGAGCUGGAGGAGUCACAUGAAUCGAUGGCCUCGCAGGGCAGUAUUGGCAAGCGCAAGUCUGUACGCAAUGAUAACUCUAUAUUCGAGGAGCUCUCCGUACAAGGCACAGACAUGAUCGCUGAGGUCGACUUUGGCGCGGACAUCACAGAUAGUGACGAGAACCCAGGGGAGGAUGAGGGGGAUGACGAAGACAAGGACAAUGAUAAAGAUUCUGUCGGGGAUAAUUUCUUUGGCAUGGGCAAAGAGCUGGAGAAUCUCAUCCUGGAGAACACAGAGCUGCUGGCCACAAAGAAUGCUCUCAAUAUUGUGAAAGACGACCUCAUUGCCAAGGUGGAUGAGCUGUCCAGUGAGCAGGAGAUUCUCCGAGAGGAGAUCACGUCUUUGCAAGCGGUUAAGAGCCGGCUGCAGCUGAGAAUCACCCAGCUGGAAGAUGAGCUGAAGAAGGUGAAGGAGGAGAAUGAUAGAAAGAAAGAACAUACAGAGAAGACAGAGGAAGAGGAUGACGUGCCGAUGGCCCAGCGCAAGCGGUUCACGCGUGUGGAGAUGGCGCGGGUGCUGAUGGAGCGCAACCAGUACAAGGAGCGGCUGAUGGAGCUGCAGGAGGCCGUCAGGUGGACGGAGAUGAUCCGAGCCUCGCGGGAACACCCCGGCGAGUUGCAGACGCAGAAGAAGAAAUCCACCGUCUGGAACUUAGCAAGAAUGGGGCACUUCAGCAACCUGUUCAGCUCCUCCAACAAGCCCAAGCGCCCGUUGCCGACGGCGACGGUCAAGUACAACGCGCCCACCACCCAGGUACAGCCCGUGGGCGACCCCAACAAGAAGCAACGCGACAAGGGAAACUCCAACCCCAAGUCCAAGGCCUACGACUUUCUGCAGGAAGAUCUAACAUCAGAGAAAGCCAAGAAGGAGCGCGAGCGUGAGCGCAAGGAGCAGUACAAGCAGGUGCGGGCGCACGUGAAGAAGGACGACGGUCGCAUGCAGGCCUACGGCUGGAGUCUCCCCGCCAAGUUCUCCACACACGUGCCCCGCGACACCCCGGGCAAGUCGCAGGUCCCAGUGCCGGUACCUGUCUACUGCCGGCCUCUCUUUGAUAACCAGACAGGAUGGAAGAUCUGGUGUGCGGCCGGUGUGAACCUGACAGGUGGCAAGACGCGUGAUGGGGGAAGUAUUGUCGGCGCCAGCGUGUUCUACUCCGACCCUCCCUUGGAGGUGGAGGAGGCAAAGACAGAUGUGGACAAACUGGACAGGGAGCUCAAGGAUCAUGAGAAGAGCGUGAAGGACGCGGACAAGGAGGAGAUGUCGAGCCUGGUGUGGGUGUGUACCUCGACCCACGAGGCCAGUCGCGUGUCGGUGGUGGAUGCCAACAACCCGGCAGACGUGCUCGAGACGUUCCGGGUGUCCGUCUCUCACAUCCUCUGCAUCGCCAGUAUCCCAGGUGCCGCUGAGGGUGACUACCCGGUAGCAGAUGAGAUCUUGAAUGCCGAGGCCCCUCCCAGCCUGCCCAAGGUCACGGUGGUGUCCACAGGCUCCAGCCCGACCAAUGGCUCCGAGUCGACGGGUCUUGGAGGGGUGACCUUUGUCCAGUGUGCCACGGGCGGUUCGAGCCCUGUCAGUGCCUCGCCUGUUGGCUCACUCAGUGACACCAGAUCGGAUGUAGCCAGUUUGAAGGGAGAGGAUACUGAUAGUGUAAAGGGUAGUGUUGGUGGUGGUGAUAACGGAUCCGAUGCCAAGGAAGAUGGUGACCCACUAGGUGCGGCGGCCCAGGAAGAGAUCUCCCAGCCACAAGUGUUCCGUGCCAAGGGCUCCCCGGCUUCCUCCGGCUCCAACACCCCAACCCACACCUCACGCCUGCCUGACGGGAAUUCUGCUCCAGAGCUGGUACAAGAUGGUCAGUCGUCCCUGUCUGGUGACCACGACUUCCAGUCCAGCGAAGCGGAGGGUCUGAGCAGUGUCCUGCCCACCAUGUGGAUGGGCUCCCAGUCAGGAAGACACGUGAAGGGACGAGUGCUAGUCUCCCUGGCUGACGGAACAGUGGCCAUCUUCCAUAGGGCCUCAGACGGUCAGUGGGACCUACUCAACUACCACCUCCUGGACCUGGGCCGGCCCAAGCAGUCCAUCCGCUGCAUGACCGUGGUGGCCGGGAAGCAUGUCUGGUGCGGAUACAAGAACAAGAUACACAUCAUUGAUCCCCAGAACAUGGCCAUUGAGAAGAGCUUCGACGCUCACCCGCGCAAGGAGAGCCAGGUUCGUCAGCUGUGCUGGGUGGGUGACGGUGUGUGGGUGUCCAUCCGACUAGACAGUACCCUGCGACUGUACCACGCCUACACCCACCAGCAUCUACAGGACGUCGAUAUAGAGCCCUACGUCUCCAAGAUGUUGGGCACGGGCAAGUUGGGCUUCUCCUUCGUGCGGAUCACCGCCAUGCUCAUCUCGUGCAACCGGCUGUGGAUCGGGACUGGGAACGGAGUCAUCAUCUCUGUGCCUCUCUCUGAGAACAACAAACAGCCGAUGAUCACCACGUCCAGCAGUCUCGGUGCCGGCGGAGGCCCCAGCGGCGGGGGUCGGCCAGGGGGCGUGAUAAGAGUGUACAGCGACACUAAGACGGACAGCGUGACCCCGGGCAGUUUCAUCCCCUACUGCUCCAUGGCCCAGGCACAGCUCUCCUUCCACGGUCACAAGGACGCGGUCAAGUUCUUCGUCUCCGUGCCAGGAACCCAGCGUCAGGGCAUGAGUGCGGCCGCGGAAGUAACGUCCUCCUCCUCCACCCCACCGCCGCGAGGGGAAGCCACUCCGGCGCCUCCCACCAACACCCGCCUCAUCCUCUCCGGUGGGGAAGGCUACGUCGAUUUCCGAAUGGGUGACGGAGACGACGACGACCCCACGGUUGUCCAGCAGGUCACCAACGACGAUGAUGACGAAGACCCCAAUAAGCCGGGCAGUUCGCUGACAAAGGUGGACCGCAGCCACAUCAUCGUCUGGCAGGUCACGGCCCAGGACUGACCACCGCGGUUGUCCGGCCAGCGACCUCCAGCGUCGGGUCUGAGCUGCCACAUCGUCACGUCGGGAGCAGAUUGCUCGGCUCAGCAGAGAUAAUGCACAGUUCACCAGCGGAUGCGUUUUUGGUUUUUCGGCUUGUUGUAACCUUGUACAUCAGCAGGCCUACAUCAUUAAAAUAAUGAAGAUAUAACAGAAAAGUUACUAAAAUUAAUUAACAGAAUACAUGUAGUUCUAGAAACAACACUUGUGAACUGAGGCCAUACAGGAGUUUAUUCACUCCUGGCUUUCCGUUUUCUCUGGAAACGUGACCCUCCUAAUGUCGACAGCCGAUUAAAUUUCCAUAAUUUGAGUCCCUGUUUUCUUUCGUUUACCCUAUAUAUAUAUUUUUUUUAGAUCGCCAUGUUAAUGGCCUUUUUCUUGCUUGGUUUGCCAGUUCUCAAGCUUUUUUUUUAUGCAACAUAGUGAAAUCAUAGAGUUUCCUCUGAAACAGGAAUCUAUUCGUUAGCGACACUUGGAGGGUUACGAUGAAUGAGUUGAGAGAUCUGUCCAUGACAGUGAUGAUAUCUGGCAUCAGCCGCAGCUGGCUGGGACGUCUGGUGUCGUGUCGCACCUCGCAAACAGAGAUCAGAAUGUUUUGAAAUGACCGAUGGAAGGUUCUUUUGUAUCACUGGAAAUGUCUUAUUUGAUAGGUCACACUAUCUUUUUUGAUAAGCCUCACCAUUUACAUCACAUGGAAUUUUUGUCGUACUAACAUACACCUGGAUGUUCUGUGAUAAGCAGGGUCCUGUCGGAGCUGGUGAAAAAAAAAGAAUGUUUUGAAAACUGACAGACAUUCUUUCACAUUGAUAAAUUGGGUCUUCCACUAAGGAAGCAAUGUCUAUUUUGAAAUGGAAACACUUUAUUGUGAGACUCUUGGUGUUUUAUUAUUGCGUAAAUGAGUGGAAGAUAACCAUCGAAUGUCAAUUCCGAAUUCGAUAAUGUGGGUCCCGUCUUUUUAGCUGAUUUUAAAGAAUUUUCACUGUCAUUUCUUUUCUUUUUUUAUGUCUUGUUUGGAGGUGUGGAACGACGUUAUUUCAGAAUCCUAGCAACAGCUGCCAGUAAAACCGCUCGGAACUGACACUGGGGUAUACUUUCUUCUCGAAACACGAGUGAAUUAUAUUGUGAUUGCUUCUCGGUGUGUCUGUCAGUUAUCUGCCUUGGUGCUCGUCUGCGUUGUUGUGGCGUGGUGCAAGUUCAAGGUCUUUUCACAAAAAGCUGUGUGGUUGUUUUUUUAAUCUGCUGUUUUUAGACAUUCACUACAAUACGAAAAGAAAAGAAGAAAAAAAAAA